AGAAUGGCAAGAAGCAAGGAACUCGUCCCUGGCGUUGGACGCCUUUCUCGCUCGCAAGUCUUCGCCAAGCGGGGCCUCUUCAAGGGCCAGAAAAAGUCGGAGAAGCCUGCUGCCGAAACCCCUGCUGAAUACGUGGAGAAGACCAUUGGCGGCGAGAAGAACGGUGGAAAGCGUCUCGUUCCUGUUGCCAAAGCCCCCCGUUUCUACCCCGCUGAAGAUGUUCGGCAACCCAAGAAGAGCCGCAAGGCCCACAAACCUACCGGCCUCCGAUCCACCAUCACCCCCGGCACCGUUCUCAUCCUCCUCGCUGGUCGUUUCCGAGGGAAGCGUGUUGUUUUCUUGAAGCAGUUGGAGAGCGGAUUGCUUCUUGUUACCGGCCCCUACAAGGUUAACGGCGUCCCUCUGCGACGAGUCAACCAAGCCUAUGUGAUCGCUACAUCCACCAAGAUUGACAUCUCUGGUGUCAAGAUUGACGACAAAAUUAACGACGCUUACUUUGCCAAAGCCGCCACCAAGGAGUCCCGGUCAGCAGAGGAAGAGUUCUUCGCUGACGGCCAACCCAAACCCAAGGAGCCCUACCCAACAUCGAAAGCCGCCGACCAGAAGGAAGUCGACAAGGCCAUCAUCGCCGCCAUCAAGGGUACUGAGUACCUCGGAAAAUAUCUCAAAGCCAGCUGGGGCUUGUCCAAGGGCCAAUUCCCUCACGCACUUGUUUUCUGAGGGGAGAACGGAGGGAGCAGUAUUUUGUAGGGUCGCCAUUAUCGAAAUCCACAUGUUCCACCUAUGCCAUGCAGUUCCGUUAUGCCAUUCUCAUGCACUUUAUGAGUUGAAACACCCAUAUUCUAUUCGCAAUUCUAGUAAUGCUCGGGAAUCGAGUUCCUUGAA